ACGCGCGGGCACGGAGCAGGACCGCGGGACGGCCGGCCGGCCGGCCGGAGCCCGGGGCUGCGGCGGGGCGGAGGCCCCGGGGAGGCGCCGACCCCAACCGGCAGGAUGUCAUGGUUUAGUGGCCUCCUGGUCCCCAAAGUGGAUGAACGGAAAACAGCCUGGGGCGAGCGCAAUGGGCAGAAGCGUCCACGCCGCGGGACUCGCUCCAGCGGCUUCUGCACACCCCGUUAUAUGAGCUGCUUUCAGGGUGCACAGCCACCCAGCCCGACCCCCGCAGCCGCGCCUCGGUGCCCCUGGCAGGAUGAGGCCUUCAUCCGGAGGGGUGGCCCAGGCAAGGGCCUGGAGCUGGGGCUGCGGGCCGUGGCCCUGGGCUUCGAGGACCCUGAGGCGACCGUGGCGGUCGGGGCUGCCGAGGGGGCCCCCGAUGCAGCCGCCAGGAGCAGGCGAGCGUGCUGGCGCCGGCUGGUGCAGGUGUUCCAGUCGAAGCAGUUCCGCUCGGCCAAGCUGGAGCGCUUGUACCAGAGGUACUUUUUCCAGAUGAACCAGAGCAGCCUGACCCUGCUGAUGGCGGUGCUCGUGCUGCUCACGGCCGUGCUGCUGGCCUUCCACGCCGCGCCUGCCCACCCUCAGCCUGCCUACGUGGCCCUGCUGGCCUGCGCCGCCGUCCUCUUCGUGGCGCUCAUGGUGGUGUGCAAUCGACACAGCUUCCGCCAGGACUCCAUGUGGCUGGUGAGCUACGUGGUGCUGGGCAUCCUGGCAGCUGUGCAGGUCGGCGGCGCCCUGACAGCCAGCCCCCGCAGCCCUUCCGUAGGCCUCUGGUGCCCCGUGUUCUUCGUCUACAUCACCUACACGCUUCUCCCCAUCCGCAUGCGGGCCGCUGUCUUCAGUGGCCUGGGCCUCUCCACCCUGCACUUGAUCUUGGCCUGGCAGCUCAACCGUGGUGACGCCUUCCUCUGGAAGCAGCUCGGUGCCAACAUGCUGCUGUUCCUCUGCACCAAUGUCAUUGGCAUCUGCACACACUACCCGGCUGAGGUGUCUCAGCGCCAGGCCUUUCAGGAGACCCGUGGUUACAUCCAGGCCCGGCUGCACCUGCAGCAUGAGAAUCGGCAGCAGGAGCGGCUGCUGCUGUCCGUGUUGCCCCAGCAUGUUGCCAUGGAGAUGAAAGAAGACAUCAACGCAAAGAAAGAAGACAUGAUGUUUCACAGGAUCUACAUCCAGAAGCAUGACAAUGUCAGCAUCCUGUUUGCGGACAUUGAAGGCUUCACCAGCCUGGCAUCCCAGUGCACGGCGCAGGAGCUGGUCAUGACCCUGAACGAGCUCUUUGCCCGGUUUGACAAGCUGGCUGCGGAAAAUCACUGCCUGAGGAUCAAGAUCUUAGGGGACUGUUACUAUUGUGUGUCAGGGCUGCCGGAGGCCCGGGCAGACCAUGCCCACUGCUGCGUGGAGAUGGGGGUGGACAUGAUCGAGGCCAUCUCGCUGGUGCGCGAGGUGACAGGUGUGAACGUGAACAUGCGCGUGGGCAUCCACAGCGGGCGCGUGCACUGCGGCGUCCUUGGCCUGCGGAAAUGGCAGUUCGACGUGUGGUCCAACGACGUGACUCUGGCCAAUCACAUGGAGGCCGGGGGCCGGGCCGGCCGCAUCCACAUCACUCGGGCCACGCUGCAGUACCUGAACGGGGACUACGAGGUGGAGCCGGGCCGUGGCGGGGAGCGCAACGCCUACCUCAAGGAGCAGCACAUUGAGACCUUCCUCAUCCUGGGAGCCAGCCAGAAGCGGAAAGAGGAGAAGGCCAUGCUGGCCAAGCUGCAGCGGGCGCGGGCCAACUCCGUGGAGGGGCUGAUGCCACGCUGGGUGCCCGACCGCACCUUCUCCCGGACCAAGGACUCCAAGGCUUUCCGGCAGAUGGGCAUUGAUGAUUCCAGCAAAGACAACCGGGGUGCCCAGGACGCCCUGAACCCUGAGGAUGAGGUAGACGAGUUCCUGGGCCGUGCCAUCGAUGCCCGCAGCAUCGAUCAGCUGCGCAAGGACCACGUGCGCCGGUUCCUGCUCACCUUCCAGAGAGAGGAUCUUGAAAAGAAGUACUCGCGAAAGGUGGACCCCCGCUUUGGAGCCUACGUGGCCUGUGCCCUGUUGGUCUUCUGCUUCAUCUGCUUCAUCCAGCUCCUCGUCUUCCCACCCUCAGCCCUGAUGCUUGGGAUCUAUGCCAGUAUCUUCCUGCUGUUGCUGGUCACCGUGCUGACCUGCGCCGUGUACUCCUGUGGCUCUCUGUUCCCUCAGGCCCUGCGACGUCUGUCUCGCAGCAUCGUCCGCUCGCGGGCACAUAGCACUGCGGUUGGCAUCUUUUCCGUCCUGCUUGUGUUCGUCUCUGCCAUCGCCAACAUGUUCACCUGUAACCACACCCCCAUACGGACUUGCGCAGCCCGGAUGCUGAAUUUAACACCCGCUGACAUCACCGCCUGCCACCUGCAGCAGCUCAACUACUCACUGGGCCUGGAUGCUCCCCUGUGUGAGGGCACCGCACCCACUUGCAGCUUCCCUGAGUACUUCGUCGGGAGCGUGUUGCUGAGUCUCUUGGCCAGCUCUGUCUUCCUGCACAUCAGCAGCAUCGGGAAGCUGGCCAUGAUCUUUGUCCUGGGGCUCAUCUAUUUGGUGCUGCUUCUGCUGGGUCCCCCGGCCACCAUCUUUGACAACUAUGACCUACUGCUUGGCGUCCAUGGCUUGGCUUCUUCCAACGAGACCUUCAGUGCGCUGGACUGCUCAGCCGCAGGGAGGGUGGCACUCAAAUAUAUGACCCCUGUGAUUCUGCUGGUGUUCGCACUGGCGCUCUAUCUGCAUGCCCAGCAGGUGGAAUCAACUGCCCGCCUGGACUUCCUCUGGAAACUGCAGGCAACAGGGGAGAAGGAGGAGAUGGAGGAGCUCCAGGCAUACAACCGGCGGCUGCUACAUAACAUUCUGCCCAAGGACGUGGCCGCCCACUUCCUUGCCCGGGAGCGCCGGAAUGAUGAGCUCUACUAUCAGUCCUGUGAGUGCGUGGCCGUCAUGUUCGCCUCCAUUGCCAACUUCUCUGAGUUCUACGUGGAGCUGGAGGCCAACAAUGAGGGUGUCGAGUGCCUGCGGCUGCUCAACGAGAUCAUCGCCGACUUCGAUGAGAUCAUCAGCGAGGAGCGGUUCCGGCAGCUGGAGAAGAUCAAGACGAUUGGUAGCACCUACAUGGCUGCCUCUGGGCUGAAUGCCAGCACCUAUGAUCAGGUGGGCCGCUCCCACAUCACUGCCCUUGCCGACUACGCCAUGCGGCUCAUGGAGCAGAUGAAGCACAUCAAUGAGCACUCCUUCAACAAUUUCCAGAUGAAGAUCGGGCUGAACAUGGGCCCAGUUGUGGCAGGCGUCAUUGGGGCUCGGAAGCCGCAGUAUGACAUCUGGGGGAACACAGUGAACGUCUCUAGCCGCAUGGACAGCACGGGGGUCCCCGACCGAAUCCAGGUGACCACGGACCUGUACCAGGUUCUAGCGGCCAAGGGCUACCAGCUGGAGUGUCGAGGGGUGGUCAAGGUGAAGGGCAAGGGGGAGAUGACCACCUACUUCCUCAAUGGGGGCCCCAGCAGUUAGCAGGGCCCAGCUACAAAUUCGGCUGAAAGGACCAAGGUGGGCAUUUGAGUGGACUCUGUGCUCGCUGGGGGAGGCUGAGCCUGCAGACCCUGCUGACCGCAAGAGGGAACACCCCAGCAGGCUGUACUUGGACCGCGCUCGUCUGCCCUCAGGCUGGUGAAUGAGGGGAUACCAAGAGGAUUAUGCAAGUGGCUUUCUUUCUUAACUGGGGUAGGGCUGUUUUCUCUCCUUUUCCCCAGCUUUUGGGAGCAGGGGAGGGGGCAGCAGCAGAGGCAGGGGGACGUCUUCUGCCUCAGAGAUUGAAAUGGAAGCUUGCCACGCCCGCCCUUUCCCUGUCUGUCUGGGCACUUGGCUCAGGGCUGGGCCCUUCCUUUCCCUCUUUUUCCUGGGAACAUUUUUAUAAAGACUGGGGCAGGCUUGAAGAGUGCCUAUUCCAUCCUUGCCUUCCUUUGCUAUGCCUGCAUCCCCAGCAUGGGUCCUGGGCACUCCCUACCCCAGCCAGGUCUCCCUCACAGACACAGGGCACGGGAGGGAGAUGUUCUGGGGACCCAGCUCCGUCCAAAUUUCAGGGGAAUGUUUCCAUUUGCCAAAUCCUAGUCCCAUGAUCUGUCCCCAAAGGGGAACAAAGGGACUUCUGCCAGCUCAGAUUAGCCCCGUUUCCUGCACAGCUCCAGGGAAAGGGGCAUCUGGUCUCACUGGUACUGUGAAAAUGCCCAGCCGGACAGCAAGCGUGUGCGUGGGGAUGUCAGAAGAUCAGGAGCUGGAUGUUCGCCUGCAGGUGCCAGAGAGCGCAGGCCGGCCAGGGACGGGGGUGGUGCCAGCCCGAUCCGAAGGUCAGAUCAGGCCACUCUGCCCCAGUGCUCUCUUGCUGUCUGCUGCAAGGGGGCACGGAGCAUCUCUACCCCUUCUGUUGCCAAAUAGGAAAGGGCCAGGGCAUGGAGGAAGGUGGCCCUGAUCCCAAACCUGUCCUCCCACGCCUCUGGCACUGGGGAGGGCCUGCGUGUGUGUGUAACCAUGCGUGCGCGGUGGUCUGCGUGUGUGUGUAACCGUGCGUGCGCGGUGGUCUGCGCGUGUGUGUAACCGUGCGUGCGCGGUGGUCUGCGCGUGUGUGUAACCGUGCGUGCGCGGUGGUCUGCGCGUGUGUGUAACCGUGCGUGCGCGGUGGUCUGCGCGUGUGUGUAACCGUGCGUGCGCGGUGGUCUGCGCGUGUGUGUAACCGUGCGUGCGCGGUGGUCUGCGCGUGUGUGUAACCGUGCGUGCGCGGUGGUCUGCGCGUGUGUGUAACCGUGCGUGCGCGGUGGUCUGCACGUGUGUGUGUAACCGUGCGUGCGCGGUGGUCUGCACGUGUGUGUGUAACCGUGCGUGCGUGGUGGUCUGCGUGUGUGUGUAACCGUGCGUGCGUGGUGGUCUGCGUGUGUGUGUAACCGUGCGUGCGUGGUGGUCUGCGUGUCUGUGUAACCGUGGGUGCGUGGUGGUCUGCGUGUCUGUGUAAGCGUGCGUGCGUGGUGGUCUGUGUGUGUCUGUUUUCCCGGUCUGUGUGUCUCUGUGGUCCUGCUCCUUGGCUCUCCACCCUGGGUUGCCUCUUUCCUGUGGGCCUCUGUCUUCUGGGAAUAAGGCAGGAUUUCUGAUUUCAAGGGAUGGAGAGAGAUGCCCCUGUUGCACAGGAGUGGGAUGGGGUGUGGUAGCAAGAGGGUGGCCCUGGGGAGAGGAGUCCUUUUUGUGCCAAAUCCCUAAGUGCCGUUUGGGGGCCACGUGUGCAGCACGACUGUCUCCCUGCCUGGGGCAGGGACCCAAGCGCCUGCUUGAGGCCCACAGUGCUCCUUGCACUUGAACUGUCUGGGCUUUGGUGGGCAGAGGCUCAGGAGUUUCCUGGGCUCCCCAGCUGGUGUCCUGGGAUGUGGUAUGCUUUGGGGCUGGGGUAGCAUGGGAUCCCUCUGAGGACCCAGAUUCUGGUACUAAGGGCUAAGGGAGGGGAACCUGGACCUCAGCCUUCCCCAGCCUUCAGCUUGAGCCUAGCGUGCUCCGGGCUCCCCAGUCCACACGAAGCCUGCAAAAGCUGGCAGGAGGGUUAGGAGGGCUGGACCCUAGAUUCCCUUCCUGUCCCUGCCUGCCUUUUACCCACUUCCCUGCAACCUCCUUGCCUCUGGACUGAAUUAGUUGGUGCCUUGGUUUCUCUGUCUGUACCUAUUUAAGCCAGGGGCAUUAGCCAGGAUUUUGCUUGAAGAUCGCUUUGUCUUUGAGGCGUUAGAGAGGCAGAGGAGAGAGGGUCCCAGAGUUGCUGGGUUUGGGGUUGGAAGGGGCAGGUCUUGCCCUUUCUCGUGUCCUUUCUGACUCUAGCUCCUCGCAGAAGCCUGGUUUCUGGCUCGUACUGCCUGCUUUGGGGGAUCUUCAUGCAUCACCCAAAUGGGCCAUCGGUCACUUCAUUAGCCAAGGCAGGAGAAGGGGAAAAGACUAGUUGGUCCAGGCAGAAAGUCAACUCCCCUUCCCUCAGCCACAUCCCUGGACAGGAAGGUUCUGCGUGGGGUCCUGGGGUGGGGAUGAGGCUGUAAGGAGACCAGAGUGGGAAGACUGCAGUCUUGGGUGACUUGUCUCUGCUUCUUGCCAGGUGGGAGGGACCUGUCCACACCCUGGCUCCCUGUACCGCAGUGCCAGCUGUGUGCUUCCUCCGGGCUGGCGUUGCCCCCUUCCUCGCCAGUUGGGGUGGGGGAGUCAGUGGAUGGGAGGCCCAUGGACUUUGGUUUUAUGAUGUAACCAGUGUGUGUUUGUAGGGGGGGAGGGUGUGUAUACCAUGUAUUUCAGUGAAAUAUUUAAUAUAUUUAAAUAUCAAUAAAAGUCAAACUCUUUGUAAAA